AUGGAGGCCGGUGACCAUGGCCUCAAGAGUGGGGAGCUGGGCACGUCGGAGGGGGUUGACAUCCUGAAGAACCCCACGGCGGAGGAGCCCCAGCCAGCCGGGACCGGGAAGAAGGGGAAGGAGGCGAGCGCGCCGGAGGGCGGUGACCUUGGACUCAAGCUGAAGGAAGCGAGCACGUUGGGCGGUGAGAUCCUGAAGAAGAGGAAGGAGGCGAUGGCGGCGUUGGAUCUCUUGUUUCCGACGGCGAAGAAGGCGCAGCCGGCCGGGGUCGGGAAGAAGAGGAAGAAGGUGGUCAAGAAGGAGGUGCCGCAGGAUGUCAUCGACUCAAUUAUAGCAAAGCCGUUUAAUAUUGUCCAGGAGCUCUCCGACAAAGACCUUGCCGACAAACCCCAGGAAUUCCGCGAAGCCUAUAACAGAGUAAGGUUACUCAAUGACAAGGUCCGCAGCUACGAGCAGGCCCUCAUCCAGCAGCACAGAGUCAUGGGCUACGCGGAGGAUGAAUUUGAGGUCACCGAUGACGAGGACGAGGGGACGGGAGAAAAGGUGGAAUUAAAAUGCUGGUCUGCAGAUACUGAUGGAAAGAAUGAUGGACCUCUUCUCUAUACUGAAAUUUGCCAAUCCAGUCUUACAGGAUUUGCAUUCAUGUCUGUCUCCGCAGAACAGCAGUUGAAGAGAACCGUAGAUGCAGUUAAAGAGAGAAGAGAAGGGAACUGA